AGUUUGCUGUUGUUUACUAGUAUAGCGAUAUUUAAUGCGGUUUCUAAAAAUUGUUAAAGAGGGGCAUAUGUAUUAACAGUAGCUCAAUGUAACAUCAUUCGCCCAGGACCGAAUUUAGGGACAAACGUUUAUACAGAUUCAGUCGUAAUUAAAAAAAAAAAAACACAGCAGUACUCUUAUUUCACCACUUGUGGCAGUGUCGUUGCCUGCCAGAUCUUUAAAAGUGUUUUUAACCCACGGGUUUCUCAUUCAUCAAUAUCUCCUGCUAUUGUAGAGCACCUCGGUACAUUGCCAGACGUUGCUGUUUAGCGGCUACUUUGCCCUAAUGCAGUUUUAGGUGUGUUUAGUACAAUGCAGUUUUGAGAUACAACCCCUCGUUCUCUUAUACAAAGAGUGCCUUAUUCAAGUACAAUGAACGUGCUAAAUGACUCUUACAUAUCAAUUAAAGAUAUAAAGACUGGGCAGAAAAAUUUAAAUGUCGUCUUUAUUGUCCUGGAGAUAGGUAGAGUUACAAAAACUAAAGAUGGUCAUGAAGUGAGGUCGUGCAAAGUUGCAGAUAAAACAGGCAGCAUCACAGUUUCAGUUUGGGAUGAGAUUGGAAGCCUUAUACAACCAGGAGACAUAAUUCGCUUAACAAGAGGUUAUGCUUCUAUGUGGAAAGGAUGCCUAACACUCUACAGUGGAAGAGGAGGUGAACUUCAAAAGAUUGGAGAGUUCUGCAUGGUGUAUUCAGAGUUGCCAAAUUUCAGUGAGCCAAAUCCUGAUGCUGCUAGUCAACCUUCAAAACAAAAUCAAACCAAAGCUGGAAAUGGUGAUCCAAGCAAUAACUCUCCACCAAAUGGAACAGGCAGCGGCAAUGGUAAUGGACCUCAAGCUGUGCCUGGACCUGUAGGCAAUGUUUACACUAACCAUACUUAUGGCAGCAAUGGAAGAGCAAAUGGUCGAGGGCCUGGCAAUCCACAACCAAAUGGACCACCAGCAAAUCUUAGCCAACCAGUGGUAGCAUCUGUUAGCAAUGGAAGAGAUCCAAGGAGAGCAAAGCGAUGACACUGGCUACUGCCAUGCAGCUUUCUCGAUAACACACCCUGCUCUACUUGAACACUUAUUGCACUUUUAUUUAUGGUUAAAUGUAAAGAGUUUAUACUCCCCUGUAUAUCAUUUGUUCUUUGGUUUUCUAUUGGACUAUAGUUUAUUUUAUAUGCUUUGAAAACAAACAAGUACUUACCAAGUAAAAGGUGCUCAGUAUGAGCAUUGAGUUUAGUUAAGAAAAUUUGGUAGGAUAUUAAAGCCACUUUACUAAGAUUGUUGUGAUAUUAUGUAUAUACUGUACAUACUCCCUGCAUCCACGUUAGGAGCUUGUACACUGUGCUUUUGUGACUACUUGAAGUAAGAGUGGCUGGAUUUCAUUCCUCAGUCUUAAAGGGACAUUAUACACUCAUUUUUUCUUUGCAUAAAUGUUUUGUAGAUAAUCUAUUUAUAUAGCCCAUAAAGUUUUUUUUUUUUAAUUAAUGUAUAGUUUUGCUUAUUUUUAAAUAACAUUGCUCUGAUUUUCAGACUCCUAACCAAGCCCCAAAGUUUUAUGUGAAUACGCUCGACUACCUACUCCAGCUUGCUCCUGUUUGUGUAAAGGGUCUUUUCAUAUGCAAAAGAAGGGGGAGGGGGGAGUGUCUUAUUUGCCACUUGCAGUGGGCUUUUCAGCUACCUUUUCAACAGAGCCAAAGUGACAGCUUCUAAGUAAGUUUUUAAACAGUUUUAUACUGGAUUUUUAUAUCAGUAUCUGUGCAUAUUAUUCUUUAUAGUAGUGUCUAUUACAUGCAGUUAUAUGAAAAUGAGUGUAUACUGUCCCUUUAAGAGCAAGGCAUUAUGUGGCUGCAAUUUAUCAACUGCAAAAGAAUUUCAACCACUAAUUGGUGAACAAAAAUCUAAACGAUAAAUUAGCAGGGUUAAGGUUUAGCGACCAGCUUAACAGCAAAACAUGUACAAUGGUUUUCUAUCUAGUUUUAUUCAAGCUGAAUUCUGAUCUUUUUAAGGGAAGUUGACCGCUUUUUUCUUUUCGUGUGCUUAUGAAAAUUGAUUUUAAGCCAUCAUUUUUUUUCAUCCAAAAUAUGCAGCAUUUCAUUGCUUUCAUUUCAUUUUCAUUGCAAAUAUUUACAGUUUUCUAUUAAAGGGACAGUCUUCUCCAGUCUAAAGUCUAAACUAUCCAUUCCCCAGCUUUGUACAACCAACAUUGAUAUAUUAAUAUACUUUAUAACCUUUAAAACUUUAAAUUUCUGCCGGUUAAAAAGCCAUUACAAGCCGCCUCUUAUCUCAGUUCAUUUUUAUAGCUUUUCACACCCAGGCUCUGCUAGUUUGUGUGUGCCAUAUAGAUAGUAUCGUGCUUACUUCUGUGGAGCUAUUCAUGAGUCAGCACUAACUGGCUAAAAUUCAAGUCUUUAAAUAGCACUGAUAUAAGGGGACAGUCUGCAGAGGUAAAAAUGAUAUUAAUAUAACAGUGUUGGUUAUGCAAAACUGGGGAAUGGGUGUUAAAGGGGUUAUAUAUCUUUUUAAACAAUACAAUUUUGCAGCAGACGGUCUCUUUAACUAUGAAUUAGUUCAGAAUUUUAGGUUUUGAAACAUGAUUUAAGUUGUCCCUUUUUUAUUGAUUUUUUUUGUUGUUGUUAUCAUCUUUACUUUUUAUAAGGUCCUAUAAUUGGUUAAAAGGUUAUUGUCAAAGGUAAAGCAGAACCCCAGUUAUUUAGGCUCAUGUUAAAACAGGAAUUUACAUUGAAGGGACAACAGAAAAGGUAGCAAACCUGAUACUGAGGAAGACAUCAUUCACUGCAUGAGGGAAACAACUUCAACAGAAUUAUUGGUGGACAAGCAUAAAGCAAUAGUCUUAGUCAUAUUUUCUUUAAAACAAGAAAAAAAUGUUUAAAUACCUCUCUCCAUGCAAUUCUUGUCUUUUUUUAAUAUUUGUUUUUGUUAUUAAAUAUGUACAUUUGUGCCAUUAA